AUUUUCUUGGCAGAUACACCUGACAGAGAAUCCUUGCAUGUUGUUGACAAUAUUUACACAGUCAUCCUCUUGGCAGUCGAUAAUGGGGAUCCACCUAUGACUGGAACAGCCACUCUUAACAUCCACGUACAAGACCAGAAUGACAAUUCGCCCAUAUUAAAUGCCACUGCCAUCGGCAUGUGUGCUUCAGACAGCACCUCAGAAGCUGACAUUUCUGCCCAUGACCUGGAUGGGGAUCCAUUCGGAGGCCCCUUCACAUUUAAGCUCCUUGAGGACCACAAAGGAUGGACCCUUGACCCUGAGCAUGGCGUGUCUGUGAACCUGAAGAAGGAGAGUGUGGUUUUCGCUGGUCACCACACAUUGAUGCUGAAGAUUUUGGACAAGCAGGGCCAGUUCUCCAUACAGAACCUCUCCGUCACUGUGUGUGACUGCUCCCUUCAAACCAGCUGCCUGCAACGCAGGACGAGUGGCAUCGCAACAGCAAGAGGAGCCGUCGCCAUCAUAUUCCUGGCUUUGUUUCUACUCCUGGGUCCCCACUACACAGGUUGUCGAGGAUCAGGGGCAGAUACGUCAAAACCUGAAUCAUACUGA